GCAGGAGCAACGUUCAAAGUUCAAACCAGUAAAAACCAAAUCAACAAGAAAUCUCUAGCACUCAACUCAGCACUCAAAAUCAGCACUUGCAAGUGCAACGAAGAUGAAGACAAGAAUAAUGGCCUUCCUCGCAGUCCCUCUUCUCAUUUGUCUCCUUUCAUUGCCUACUACUUCUUCCCGCGUCCCUGGCUUUCUGUACACCCGCACCACCGGAAGAUGCACUGCACGGUAUUGGAGUGGGAAGAGAGAGGCGUGGCCUAGGAUGGUCCCGGAGACAUCAACGGUGAGAAAGGUGUUCGGGUCGAGGGUGUACGAACGGUACAGAUCGGAUCUGACGCUGGUGGAAGCGACGAUGAGGAACGACGAGGAAGAUAACCCCUUCGGAGGGUUAUUGAAGGAAGGUACUGCGGCACUUUUGAACUCUUACGCGAGGGAAGGUUUUCCUUACCGUCCUUGGCAGGUCAAGACUCUUCUCAUUCAAGCUUUGGUAUCUGAAGCCGCAGCUUCUUCCCAAGCCAACCAAUUCUCCCUCGCUAACCACGCUUGCUCCUAAUUAAUUAUACAUAGCCUUAUUAAUUUGACUUGUUAGGACUUUAUAUUAGGUAAUGCCUGAUUAUUACAACUCGUUUUGCUUGGAUUCCGUUAAUUGACCUGAAAUCACUUCUGUCUCGUGUGAUUUUGGAAGAUAAAAUGGUGGAACACAUGUAUCUAAUUGAUAUUGAUAUGCUAUAUAUGUGACUGCACUUAGUGCUGAUUGUAUUA